GAUAGUUUUACCGUCACCCUGUCUAAAAGUCCUAAAUACACAAUAUAUUAAGCAAUUCCACCCCAGAAAUCGUCAUAAUGACGGCAGGAUCCAUCGCCGUACCAACCGUAAUGCCCCUAAGAGUCCCGGUAGCUGGAAGGCCAAAGAAUUCAAUCGACUCAAACACACUUAUUGAAAUUAGAUCAGACACACCAGGCACAAAGAUUUAUUACACAGUAGAUAAUACAAGACCUGAACCAGACAAGAAACUUGGGGAAAACACAACAUGGUUGUACAAAGAACCUUUUAUGUUGAGACAUGGAAAGAGAUACGUCAAGUCAGUUGCAAGGACCAAGGAUGGUAGAGAGAGCAACGUCGUAACAAAAGUUUUUAACGUUGAGUUUGCCGAACCAAACACAGAUUCCGAUUCUGAAAGUGAAGGAAUCGACGACGCAAAUAAUUUCCAACGAGAAAUGGAACAAAACAUGAAGUCUUCCACACAACACAUGACCGCUUCAAUAUUAAGAGGAGACGGUCCAACACAUGGAACAGAAUCAUGGAAUGCUGAUGAUACUAACUCAUUUAACGAGUUGAAACUCGGUCGCACCUCAGGCAUGAGAAGUUCACGUCUGAACACAAGUUUGUCGGUGAGAGAGGAAGAUAUGGUAAGGUGCGUUUACUGUGAUGCAUCACGACCAAGGAACUCAAGUUCAAGGUUUUGUCCUGAAUGUGGGAAACCUGUUCCUGUAGAUCCGAAUUCACCAAUUGCUGAGCCUGGUUCGAUGGGAAUGUGCACAAGUUGUAGAUCAUAUGUUCCACUCAACCAACCUAAAUGCAUUGUAUGCGAGGCACCGGUUGGUCCUCAUCAGAAACCAAUUGUUAGUGUUCGAUUGCAGGACGCUAUAGUGUGUGGGUCCUGUGGUGCGAACAACCCACCCCACCUCACACACUGUACAUCGUGCGAACAUCGGUUCCCGUUACCCAUCCACGCUGGGGAUGCCGCACCCCCACUACCAAGGUUGGACGGUGAGCUUGUACGUUGCCCCACGUGUACGAGGGUAAAUAACCCAGAUGCUAGGUUCUGUGAUUGGUGCGGGGAAAAGCCGAUCCCCGAGCAAGCUCCAAUGACAUGUUCAUUGUGCAAAUCCAACAAUCGACCUUACUCCAAGUUUUGCGCUCAAUGUGGGUCAAGUUUCACCCCCCCAAACAGGAUGGAUCCACGCAACGAUGACUUGGGCGAUCAAGCCGUCAACUUUCCGUUCAAAACUCUCCCGAUGUGGAGUUCGGUGCCCGUGCCAUCUUUACCUAGGUCUCCACAAAGCACACGAAUGCUCCGUGCCCCAAAACCCCCAGUACGCGAAGUUCAAACGCAAACGGUCGGCCUAUUUUACCCUGGAGGAAAGAAAGUGAACCAGGAGCAGGAGAUGAUGAGAGAAGUGAGGAUGCAAGAGUUGAAGAUGAGAGAUAAACAACCCGCGCUGACUGCUGUCAGUCCUGGGAGGGGGUUUUGGAGGAAGCAGUUGGAUCACAUAUGCGGCCAUAUAAGGAGUUAUACGAACAAUAACGUGGAGUUUAGAUCCGUGAUCGGUGAACCGCGACUUGGAAAGAUCCUUGGAACAGCAAUCGAUGAAGGGGAGGAAGAAAUUAUCAUGAGCGUGACUUUUGCCCUCCGGGGUCACACAGAGUUCGGGGAAGGUGGUAACCAUGGGUUGCAACGAGAUAUUUACCAAUCGAAGAAGAAAGUUGCGUUUGGAAGCACGUUCGACAACGAGGAUGUAGAGAAUGAGAAGAUAUCGAAGAAAAAGAAAAAGAAUAAAAAGAAAUCGCUCGUUCGUGAAGAAAAGAUGAAUCCGGAGGAUCGAUUGUUAAUCAAGGAGCUUGGUCCUCGUGGAGAAGGAAGACCUGAUGAAGUGAAGCAGUUGAUCAAGGAAGGAGCCGAUCCGAACGCAAUCGACUCGGAACGAAGAUCUGCGCUCGCUGUAGCAGUGAUGAAGGAUAGGUUGGGAUGCGUGGAAGCUUUGUUGAAGGGUGGUGCAGAUGUGAACAGGAGGUCAGGUCCCCAACAUAACUCACCUCUUCAUUUCGCUGUGAAGCUUGGACCCGAUGGGAAAGAUAUUGUGAAGCUGUUAUUGGAGUAUGACGCAAAGACUGACGUCAAAAACGAACGUGGCCUUUCUGCCUACGAUCUCGCAGUUAGGUCUGAUUACAACAGCAUCCUGGCUCUCUUCAAUGAACCAAAAGAGAAAAAAGCAAAGCCAAAGAAGAGAGUUAAUAAGAAGAAGGCAGAAAGUUCAAGCGACGACAGUGAAAAUGAUAGCGAUUUGUUUUAGAAACGCCCAGCAACGAAAGAAACCAAUCGUAGUUGAAAUUAUUUCAGUUAAAAGUUGAUUCCAGUAUUCAUAAAGGUCCAGAGUUGAAUCGCGAUUCGAAAACCGCAUUGUGACGUCACAUAGCACUCCUAGCGUAGAUAUUUUAGACACAUGUUUUAUAUUUUUAUACCGCUUGCUACUAUGUAAUAAAUGUUAGCGUACGUAUGAAAUAUAAUGUUGAUAAGCAGGUGUUGCAAUUCUACUAGAAAUAAUAAGUUUAUUUUUCGUAGUGGCCAGUCAUUAGACUUUAAAUGCCCGCAGGGUAUGACGUACAACAUAUACUUGACUUUUCAGUUACGUCAUGGUCAUAUAAUAUCAUAAUCUAUUGUAUAUGUAGUGCGGUAAAAUGACGUAAUUUGUUCGCAAUUUAAACGGUGUCGAAUCAUGAAUGAAGGUAA